AUGAGGAUCCAAAUCCAUGGCCUUUCUGAUGAAGUCGCCUACACGGACUUUUUCAAAGGAGUGAAAGACGGGUCGACAUUUAAAUUCGACUUAGUCAGGAAGAGGGUCUCCACCCUCUAUGAGGCAUUGAUGAAAGCAGAAGCGUACAUCCAGGCAUUGGAGCUCUGCGCCAUCAAGACACCGUCGGAGUACAAACGAUCUGAAAAGCAGGAGAGCCGGCCUGCCCAGCCGGCCAAAAAGGAGGAAAAGAAAAAAAAGGAGGUCUGGGUGACAGACUCAUCCGGACAACCCUCCCAAAAGAGAAAGAGGUCGGAUCCGCACGUCCCUAAAUACGAAUUCGCCAAGGAUUGCGCCUUUAUUCUCAAGGAGGUAAAAGACCGGUUGAACCUAGAAAAACCGGCUGCAAUGAAGAGUCCCGUCAGCAGUCGGGACAAAAGCAAGUAUUGCCAUUUCCACGAAGAAAUUGGUCACGACACUGAGGGUUGUUUUAGCCUCAGGCGGCUUCUUGACCGCUUAGCUGACGAAGGGGCUCUAAAAUCAUAUUUGCCCAAGUCAAAGAGUACUUCUAAACAAAAUAAAGGGCCGCAACCGAAGCAGACGGCAAACCACUCGGACACAGAUGAAGAUACUAUCUUCACAAUAGCCGGAGGUCUUGCAGGCGGUGGUCCUACCAUCCGGGGUACUAAAGACAAUAUUAGAAGAUUGAUCAACUCAGUGGAUGAUGGUCAGACGUCAAAAAGCUCCUUUCCGGAGGUCCAUAUCUCCGAGAAAGACAGGGGGAAUGUCAGGCGGCCCCAUGAUGACCCCAUAGUUGUCGAGUGUAAAAUUGCCAAUCAGCGAGUUGGCCGUAUACUGAUUGACACGGGAAGCCCGUUCGACAUUAUAAGCUAUCGGUGCUUGGAAAAGCUGAAGUAUAAACCAAGCAACAUGAAUCAGGUUACCUACCCCCUAGUAGGCUUUGGGGGAAGAGUCGUACAUCCGGUAGGAAUUAUUGAUCUACCCAUCCGGUUUGGAGAGAAGGGUCUAGGUCGGCACAUGGUUGUCAAGGUCCUUGUCGUUGAGGAACUAACGGCCUACAACUUGAUCAUUGGCCGACCUACCUUAAACAUCUCCAAGGCUGUCAUUAUCCCUUCUCUAAUGUUGAUAAAAUUUGAGAGGGACGACGACACGGUCGGUUCCUUGAGCGGGGACCAAAAGAUGGCAAGGGAGUGUUACCUCUCGGACAUCAAGCUAAUUUUGACCGCAGACGGUCAAGACAAUGUUGAAAUACCUGAUGAUUGUGAUCAAGAAGCAUCUGAAGUACCUGCCCCAGCCGGCAAAAAGAGAAAGGCGGAUCCACUAGAGUCCAUCAAAACAAAGCAAUAA